GCGUCUUUAAAAUAUAGGGAUGAAUACAGGAAAAAUGACUUUUUCAGAAAGUAAUAUCGAUAUUAUUGAACUACGAUUGAAUUAAAACUAAAUAUCACAUUGUUAAAUGAAUGUACCUUCCUCCGCUGGAAAGAAAACAAGUUUCUCAUUUCGCCGUUUAUGGUAUAGUUAAUGAAGCCCUCAUAUGCAUUCAGAUUUAUGUAUUUUUCUCAUCUUCCAGGCCUUAAACUGAACACUUCACAUUAUAUAUUUGUUUCGGGCAUAGAAAUAGCCUUUAAAAAUGAAAGAGUUCCGACAUUGCCCUCAUGUGGCCAUUGAAGGGCAAUUACAGAGCAGAAUAAUAGCCAACAGGAGACAUCUGCUGUACUCAGGUUUACCCUGGGGACAGUGCACUGUUGGUGGAAAGUACAUCUACUGAAUGUAAUGAAUGUUUUGCUUGUUCUGUUUUUGAAUUUUGUGGAACUGUAUAUUAUGAUUUGUCAUGUGGCUACCCUGGCUGUUGUUGCUCUUACAUCCAAAACAUAUGAUCAGCUUCUAAAGGGCGAUCAUUUGUGUCAUGUAGUAAUAAUAAUAAUAAUGAUAAUAAUAUAAUGUUUCUAAGACUAUCUGUAUAUAUGUCUUCAUACAUGUCUGGAGGGGAUCUUUGAACUACCCAGCAGUAUAUAACAUAGUUAAAAUUAGUAUGACGGCAACUAUUAAUUCAUAAUUGAUUUAUUUACUAACAACAAAUCAUUUAAUUGUUCUGUCUAAAUCCCAGAAGCUAGUAAAAAAUACAACAGCCAACAAUAUAAUAAUAUAUGCACUUUUGACGCUAUACUUUUUACAAGAAUUCAGCUUUACUGAACUUUCAAAUCCAAGCAGACAAAUAUUGUUUAAGCUAGCUUUGAGCAGAAAAGGGUAUUUUUACAUUGUGGUAUUACAACUUUUAUUUAAAGUAUCAGUGUGGAGGAUUUAGAGGCAUCUAGCAGUGAAGUUGCAGAUUGCAACCAUUUCAAUACAGCUCAGCCUUCCAAACUUCUAGUGUCUAUCUAAAGCCAAUGUUUAGUUUGUCCAUUCUGGGCUACUGUAGAAACAUGGCAGUUCAACAUGGUAAUCUCCGUGGAGAGGACCCGCUCCCUUUGUAGACAAAAACGGCUCAUUCUAAGGUAACCAAGACUUAAUGAUUUUUAUUUUCAGGUGAUUAUACACUACUGAAAAAUUUCUGCCAAUAGACCCUAGUAAAUGUUACACACUGGACCUUUAAGUAAAAGAUCUCAAUACUUCUGCCACUACUGCAGUGCACAUUUAUUGACACUCUGCCAUAGACAACAUUAUCUUGUUUUAAAAGAAUCAAUUUCUUUUCCCAGAAACGACCACUAAGUGAUGCUAGAGGUGCAGGGUUCUUCUAGGACUGCUGUCAGCACACAUACCCAACAACUGUCAUGUUUGUAUGUAUUUUUACACCAUACUCCAUGACAGAGCCUGAUGUAGCAUUAAAAGCAAACAGCACAGAACUUGCGCUCUAAUAAUUAUGAGUUGAUUCGCCUCUGAAGGCCUACAUCCAUCAUGGGUUUCACUUCCAAUCAAACCAUUAUAUGUAAUUUAAAGUAAAUAUGCUGUUAAGUUGUUUUUAGGGCCAGGUCACAAGUACAUUUUAGUGCCAUGUGUAUAUGGCCAUGUAAAUGUAAAAGGCAACUCUCUAUAGGCUGAACAACUGAUAUUCUCUUUUAGUUUAUUAUUUAUUCUAUUUACAUUGCUUAUGAUAUAUUUAGGAAAUGUCAAUGGUCAUUCAGUGAAGUGUAUGAAUGAAUAAAUAAAUACUUCAUACUUUACUCUAGAUCUGGUCAUCUGGGCAUGUGGUUCAGCCACAGUGAACAGGCUGAAUAAAGAAGAAAUUAUAAUGCAGAAGUGUGUAGAUACUGUGCCACAGCAUAUGCAGAAGUGUGAUAUUGGACAGACCGACAAAACGCAACUAAACCACCUAAAUUGUCAUAUUCGAUGCACACAGUUUGGUGGUAGUACAAAGAAACAAAGGCAAAAGGAAAAUCAGAAACAGAGAUGUCUGAGGCCAUUUAUGAUAAUGAUCCUAUCGAACAAAACCAAAUGGAAGAAAUAGCCUCAAAUACAACUGGAGAGAGAGAUGUGGAGGAGAGGAUAGUGUGUAUUUAUAAAAGCUUAGACAUCUACGGGGGUCAACAAGCUGUAACCCAGAGUGCAGUGCAUCAGCAGCCACGCAGGACUUUGGUCAGGGCUAUGAUUGUGUGCCUGGUGCUGCUCUGUGUUCUCCUCCUGGCUGGUAUCAUAGGCACUGGACUCCACUGCAGAAUCAAGCUGCCGUCCCACAACGAGAGCUGGUCUGAAGAGAGAAAACAGGCUUUGGCUGAACUCAGUCAUUUCUGUAAAGAUGGAUGCACAUCGUUCAACAACAGUUUCUACUACAUUUCUUCUAAACAAGAGAGCUGGGCCAAUAGCAGGCAGGACUGCAAAGACAGAGGGGCAGAUCUGGUGGUUGUAAAAAGCGAAGAAGAGCAGAUAUUCAUCAAUUCCUUAAACCGUAUAUUCUGGAUUGGUCUGACUGACAGAGAAGAAAAGGGAACUUGGAAAUGGGUAGAUGGUUCAGUUCUGAACAGCACAGGGUUUUGGAAAAAAGGUGAGGCCAGUGGGAUAUCUGAACGAAUGAAGCACUGUGUUGUCACCUAUUAUUACAAUCAUCAGAGAAGCUGGAGUGAUGAAAAGUGUUCCAAAUCACAAUCAUGGAUCUGCGAGAAAGUGAUUGACCUCUAAUAUUACUUUUCAUCCUAAAUACAAAAUAUACAGUGAUGAGCACCAUCCCACAAGAUUGUGGCAUUUGUUAUCUCUUGUUUUCUUGUUAAAGUGCAGCAUAAGAAAGACAGUUAGGAACAAGACUUAAGACUUAAGAGACAUAAGACUUAAGACUUACUUAAGGUGAAGGCAAAGAACAUCUUGCCAGACAAAUGUCUUCUUUAUCAUAAAUCAUCAUAAAUUCACUUAUAAAAUGUAUUUUCAUCAAAUGAUGGUCUUGAUUUUGCUUUAAAUAGUUAGUAUAUCCCUGCCAUAUUUAAAAAGAAAGUGAGAAUAAAAUGGACUUAUAUUAUUUAUCAGUUUAGACAGAGGCAAUGUGCUACCCAAGUUUGAUCCCAAAUAAUCCCAGGCGUGUUUUCUGUAAUAUGCCAGUGAUCCAUCAAAGUCAAUGCUUCUAAAGGCUAUGAAUUGAUACGUUACAAAACUUGAAAAUAAAACUGUAAUCUUUGAAUUUUUACUUUGUCAUAUAUCAUGCACACUUAUAUUGUCUCUUUAAUUUGAUUGAAUAGAUUCAAUUAAAUCAUGUCACUACUGGACUGUGACAAAUUCCAUUAGACUCAGUGGUGCACUGCAGGAUAUAUAUACCAGUUACAGUUAUAUAGUUACACUCUAACUGCAAAACUAAAGGUGACCGUGCCUUUGCUGUUUUAGCCCCAACAUUGUGGAAUAGUCUUCCCCAUUCACUUAAAUUCCCUGACUCUGUGGAUAGUUUUAUGCGGCUCCUCAAAACCCCCCUCUACAGGCCUUUUUAUGGAUCUCCUUCUUGUUUGUUUUCUCAUCUGUCGUCUCUCUUUUAAUUUAUCCUUCCCCCUUGUUUUAUCUUCCGUAUGUUUGUAUUUACAUGCUCUCUAGGUAUGUUUGAUUGGGUUUGGUUAUGCAUGUACAUAUUUAUAUGUACAUAUGCAUAUAUAUAGACUCAUAUGUAUGUUUGUUGUUUGUAAAGCACUUUGUAACUCUGUGUUUAAAAAGUGCUAUAUAAAUAAAGCUUAACUUACUUACUUA